AUGUCGGAGAGAUUUAGUGACUUUGCGGAGCGGUACCACGUCCUGAAGGCGUAUCGCGCCUCGCUCACCGCCGCCACCGCUGCGUGGGGCUGGGUGUGCGAGCGCCUGUGGCCCGUCUACACCACCGGUAUCAUUCUCUCCGCACUGUGCAUGCUCGCGUCGGCGCAGGAGAAGCAGAUCCUUGCCGAUCACCUCCACGGUGCCGACGCGGCGUUCCAGAAGGAUCCAGCACUGACGGUGGAGGAGGCGCGCAAACUAUUCCAGGAGGAGUCGGCGCAGGGCGUGAAGCAGGUGGUGUGGAUGCUGCCCAGCAACGAGUUUAGGCGCGAGUACAACGAGCGCCACGGUAAGGCAUAA